AUGAGCGUAGAGAUUAUCCCAGAAACUACGAGUUUGCCGCCAUUGCCUCCGUCGGCAUCACAUCCACGGCCAAAGGGCAUCCUAAAGAACGCGUCCUCGUCGUCCUCGGCAGUCCCAGCCGUCUCUUCGCAAACUUCAGGCGCCGGUGAACCGCCUUCGCGAUCGGCUUCUGGCAACGGCCCCCUGCAAACACCGUCUGGGAACAGCCAGCAUCUGACUUGGGAUGAAGAAAACCUGGCUCUUACCGAAGUCCAGAAGGACAGCUUGAUGAAGAUCACAGAACCAAAGACUCCAUAUGUUCGCUACAAUGCCGAACUGGAUACGGUCGAAAAUAUGAGUGAUAUUCCCUCAUUCGACUUGAGUCGCAACGCCGGAUCGAACCCAUCGACGCCAAUCUCAACCUCGUUCCAAGUCGACUCGCCCAUCUCCCAGCCGAGCAAUCUCCCAGAUACAAAGACUCUGACUGAGGCUAAUACAAACGCAAACGCUCGACGACCGUCCUUUGGCGCAGCUCCGAAGAGCCGCUCAAACUCGGCGUCGAGCCGAAGUACGAGUUUCCACCUACCUGAAGACGAGCGAAAGAAGAUCCAGAAGAGUGCACGAGAGGCCGCAGGGAAUGGCGAAGUUGGAGAGGACGACGAAAUGGAUGAAGAAGCAGCUGCGAAACAUGCCGAGUUUGUCAAGGCCCGUGGCCGUCACUACUCUAACGAAGCUGAAGCAAUGAAGCUCGCCCAAAAGCUGCUGGCGGAAGAAGAAGAUGAUGACGAAGAUGAGGAGGACGAAGAGGGUAAUGGCGACAACAUGGACGUGGAUGGAAAGAAACCCAAGAAAAAGGGUAUUCCACCCGUGCCGCCACUUCCCGCUAGUGUCAAUGGCAUAAGCAAAUAG